CCAGUGAAUGUUACCUGUAACAUAUUCAUCAACAGCUUUGGAUCCAUUGCUGAAACCACAAUGGACUACAGAGUAAAUAUUUUCCUGCGACAGCAGUGGAAUGAUCCACGGUUAUCAUACAGUGAAUACCCAGACGAUUCCCUUGAUCUUGACCCAUCUAUGUUGGACUCCAUCUGGAAACCUGAUCUGUUCUUUGCCAAUGAAAAAGGAGCUCACUUUCAUGAGGUCACCACAGAUAACAAGCUAUUGCGAAUUUUCAAAAAUGGAAAUGUCCUUUACAGUAUAAGAAUAACAUUAACUCUGGCCUGUCCGAUGGAUUUGAAAAAUUUUCCCAUGGAUGUACAGACCUGCAUCAUGCAACUAGAAAGCUUUGGCUACACCAUGAAUGACCUCAUAUUUGAGUGGGAUGAAAAAGGUGCCGUACAGAUUGCAGAAGGUUUAACAUUACCUCAGUUUAUUCUAAAAGAAGAGAAGGAUUUACGGUACUGUACUAAACAUUACAACACUGGAAAGUUCACCUGCAUUGAAGCUCGUUUCCAUUUAGAGCGCCAAAUGGGAUACUACCUGAUUCAGAUGUAUAUUCCCAGCCUUCUGAUUGUUAUCUUGUCUUGGGUAUCAUUCUGGAUCAACAUGGAUGCUGCCCCUGCCCGUGUCGGCCUGGGGAUCACAACUGUGCUUACCAUGACAACACAGAGCUCAGGUUCACGAGCAUCUCUGCCCAAGGUGUCUUAUGUAAAGGCCAUAGACAUCUGGAUGGCUGUGUGUUUGUUGUUUGUAUUUUCGGCUUUAUUGGAGUAUGCUGCUGUGAACUUCAUAUCCCGACAACACAAAGAGCUGCUCAGAUUCCGCAGAAGGAGACGACAUCACAAGGAGGAAGAUGCUGUUGAAGGAAGGUUCAGUUUUGCUGCUUAUGGAAUGGGGCCUGCCUGCCUGCAAGCCAAGGAUGGGUUAGCAGUAAAAGGAACAACCAAUAACACCAGCAGUUCAUCGCCUCCUGAAAAGACCCCUGAGGAGAUGCGCAAGAUCUUCAUCAGUCGAGCUAAACAAAUUGACAAAUUUUCCCGGGUAUGCUUCCCUCUGGUCUUCCUCAUCUUCAACACCUUCUAUUGGAUAAUCUACAAAAUUGUUCGCUCUGAGGAUGUUCACAAGCAGUGAAACAGAAAAUAGGAAGGCAGAGGAGAGAAAGAUUAAUUAUUUCUCCAUCCACAUCCUCUGAAACUGUGCAAUAGCAAUGCAGUGAUGCAUGAAUUAAGAAUGUGGCAAUAUAUUUAAAGAAAAAGACUUUUAAUAAUAGACUGAAAAACACGUAGGGUGGGAUUCUGGACACUUGGAGUUUGGGUUGGUAAGAAAAGGCUAGGGGGUUUGUCUAAAAAAAAGCAAAAAGGUUCUGCAACCACAACAUAACUCUUCAAAUCCAAGGAUACAAGCAAGUACUGUAAUAUAUUAGCUACAUAUUCAUGCUUAAUGGGGGGAUUUUUUUAGCAGUUAUUGCAGCUUAGAAUUCAAGACGGGUUUAAUUCCACAUGCAGAGAUAAAUGAACUCAUGCUCAGUCACAUUUUUGCCAUCAAAGGCCAUACCAGUUUCCAAAAAAAGGUAUAGCACAAUGCCUUUUUAAUCUGUGACCUAAGGAAAAAUGUUCAUGGUGUUUGUAUUAAGUAUGGCUAAUGGUUGUGAUGAUACUGUUUUAAAGUUGGAUGAGUGAUUCCUGACAAGGUCAAAGGGAUUAGAACCAUUCAGCUGACAAAAUGUAACUUACUACCUUAACAGCCAAGGUCAGGAAUAGGUUAAACAAAGAUAUACACAAACAAUGUAACAUGGUGAAAGGAGUUGAAAUAUUAGCACUUGCACUUAAAAUGAAAUGUAUCAAGCUUAAUAACAUGUACUAUAAAUUUAUUUUUCUUUUAUUGUGCCACAUAUUGUAGUACAUUGCUCCUAAGUGA